AUGCCUAAUCUCAAACAUUUUUAUUUUCAACUUCUCGUACAAAAAUCAUCUUGGUCAUUUACUAAUGAAUAUCUUAAUGGAUAUGUAUGGCAACAAAUGUUCGAACUUUAUCUUCAAUAUUUAUCUAAAUUUGAAUUUCAUAUGACUGUGACGAAAAGAAUACCAAAACUAGAUUUAGAUUUUGUUAUUAAAUCAUUUAAUUAUUUCGUUCAAAAAUAUUCUAAUUGGGACAUGAUUAUUGAUCGAUGGAUAUAUGGUCGUCGUCUUCGAGAUGAAAUUGUUAUAUUGCAAACAUUGAAUUAUACUAAAGCCAAACUAACUGGAAACAUAAAUAUUCCUUUUAUUACUUGUAGAACAUUUGAAAUACGAUCAACAAGAAAUACAACAAAUGAGCAUUAUUAUUUUUAUUCUAAUACAGAACAUCUAAAAUUAUAUAUAGAAAAUGAAAAAUGUAAUAUUACUUGGUCUUCAUCUUUAUUUCAAAAUGUUACUUAUCUUCUCGUAGAAGGUCCAAUCAUUAAAUCAUCAUGGUUAAACUAUUUAUAUAAUAUUGUUAAUUUUCGACAAACAAUUGAUGAAGAGAAUAAUGCACAAGAAUAUGUCACUUAUAUAUCACAUUUUGUUAAUUUAGAAAAUGUAACCAAACUAAAAUUUCGAUCAACAUAUAGUAUUGAUCAAUGGAAAAAUAUUCUAUUUAUUUUUAAAGCAUGUCCAAAUGUGAUUAUUCUUAUAAUAAGUACUCCACUAUUACUCUUAUCGAAACUAAUCGAUAAUUCAUCUCUUAUUUCAAUUUUCAAACAAAUUAAAAUGAUCAAAUCAGUAACAGAACGUGUCUUCUACUUUGCGGCCAUUUUUUCUUAA